AUGGCUCCAAUUUUGGUGUUCACCAACGGCGGUGCGAGGGACAAAGACAAUAAAGCGGUGCAAGAGAUGAGGAGACUGAAGGAUGACAUUGGGAGUGGUGAGGUAAAUGGCGCCGAAGAGGGCAGCUUGGUGAUGGGGUAUAUGGGGCGGCACUCGGAGAAUACCCACCACUCGAUAUUGUCCAUGUCGUCGGAAGAGACAGUUACGGGGUCUUGCAUGAUGUCCAGGAACACGAAGCACGAGGACAGUCUGCGGCUUGGUUCCAUCUGCGACUUCAGGGGAGGCAACAAAACCCCAACCAGAGUCUUGUCCGGAUUGGAAUUAGGGUUUGAGAAUUGGGAUUCCUGUUACGGGCCUUGGUCUCGGCCGAGUAGACAGCGAGAAGUACGGCAAGGGUAUUUGGAACAGCUUCAAGGGAGGACGCGUCUCGCAUUAGCUUUGGCUGGCCCAACUAUUUGA